AUGUCUGCCAAUAGCAGUCGAUCAUCUUCACACUUUUGCUGCUGUGCCAGAGGUCUGAAACGUUACCGAAUUUCCUUGCAGUGUACUACUCAUAAGGUUUCUGAAAAUUCGUCGACAGCCCACGACCGAUUUCGCCCUUUUUGGGGCUCAUCAGGUAGGCGCAGUCCCCGGAUUUCCGUCAACCUUAUGUUCUACCUGAAUUUCCAUUUCUACUCGAAUGGAUCACAAGAGGAAAGCAGCCUGGCUUCCUCAGUUCGCAGCGAAGCGAGCGUCGCUGAAGACAGGCUGAAGAAAAAAGUGCCCAGCUGUUACUCUCCACAACAAUCCAACAACACUUCAAGCUCGGCAGAAUCUCAAAACGCCUCUCCUGUACUGACCAGUUCGCGCUUAAUUCAUUCACCCGCGUUGACAGAUCGCCGACAUGCGUCUUUUCUACCGCGUCGGAUGCUUCAUCUUCGUCCCGAAUAUGUUCUACCCGAUCAACCAGCGUCGAUUCGUGCUGAUACGGAGUCUGGGAAUGUGAUGCCGCAAGGAAAUUUGUCCAGAUAUGAAAACCCCAUUGCAACUGAAAGAUCCAACGAACCCCCUCCCCCGAUUCCACCAAGAACGACACGGUGUGUUGGAACAGUUAUUCAAAUGCUUCCAUCCAAACAAAGGACUGAACCCACAACGCCUUCGGCUAGGUCUCCGGCUGUCCUACCCAGAGCAAAACCUAGAACAAAAGAUAUACCAUCAGAAACCAUGGUAAAGCAAGCAGAGAGCCCACAAUCUCAGAGUUCUCUAUCCCCUCAAGCACCGGCACCUACCAUAACAAACAGAAGACGUCGGCAAGGUUCACGAAGGAAAACUCUAACUGUAUGUUAUUCUGGUCGUAGUGCAGAUACUUCUUCUCAGCUCAUGGCUGGCAGAGAGCCAUCUUUCCGGAAAAAGUCUCCCGCUCCAGUUAUUCCACAGUCAGAUUUUGAUAGCCAGCGAAACACGCUUUCAGAUGCGCAGUAUCCAGAAGACAGCGUUACUUCCCUGGAUGAUACCUGCUUUUUGGCUAUCACUCCAACUCCAUAUCAGGCCCAUCUAGCUGGAACUUCAAAGCACGGGAUGGGUCGGUUCUCACCAAAACAGCAGCACACCGCAUCUAACCAGUUACACAAAGGAGUUAGUAUGGAGUUGCAACCAGCAACAGGUUUUUUUGAAACCACUGCGGCGGAACACGUUCAAAGAUCCCCAAAGAGCGCAUUCUCUUCUGCUAGAAGUGCGUUCCGCUUAUCUCCUACUUCUUCCGGUAAAAAAUCAAAACCAGUAAAAAGUUCGUUUACCUUUAACAUCCCGGUAACCAAAACGACGGCCUAUUUGCACCCAAAUGAUUCGAGAAACUCCAAAGUGAAACAGGUCGAUGGUUUGACUGAGAUGGAGGAUUCACGCCGUACGUGCGUUAGGCGACAGAGUUCGCACGCAUCCAGCGUCUCUACCGAAUCGAACACAGUUGUCUCGUCGUCAGUCGAAAACCCCAGAUCAACCUCUUAA